AUGAUAUCUUCUAUCAAGACUACAAAAUCGACUACCUGUCUUCUCUGCGCGGGACCUUUGGAGCAGCCGGACUCCCAUGAGCACUGCAUCGGCUGUUUGGGGUUGGCGCACGCCGAGACGGCGCUCGAGGAUUCUACAUGCGAGCACUGCGCCGACCUCCCGAUUCGAGUGCUCAAGACUAGGAGAGCCGUUGCUCGAAGUCUCGCCGGGGAUGUGCCCGCCGCCGCCUCUGUGCCGCCGGCGGGUCCCCCACCAUCUACUUCCUUUGCUCCGCGUCGGGACGAUGACGGCGGUAGCUCUGUUUGCAGCGUUCCCCCGCCAAAACCUCCCGUCGUCUUCACGAAGGAUGCUUUCCGCCCCCCUUCUACUUCUCAUGUGGCCGUCUCUUUUGGAGUGACGGAGGAGGACGACGACAACAUGUCCCUGUCGGCGUCGACUAGCUGGUCGGAGGCGGAGCCUGAGCGUCCGAGUCACAUGGACAUCCAAUCAGAGUUUUCCAAAAUUAUGGAGUUGGCGGCAAAGGAGUUAGAUCUUAGCUGGACCUCACCCGACGAGCCGGCUAAGUGCAAAUUGGAUUCCUGGUUUCUCCAAUCGGGCCGCCAGCAGGCCGCUCCGAGGAGGAAGACACCUUUCUUCCCUGACGUUCAUGAUCAGGUCUCUAAAUCGUGGUCUGCGCCCCAGUCGGCGCGCGUCCAUGCUCCGGGGAUGUUUUCCCAGGUCGAUGGGGGUGAAGCCCACGGUUACGUGCGCAUUCCCCCUGUCGAGGAGAACGUGGCAGCGCACCUCUGUCCUGCUUCUGCAACGCUCGGCGCUGAUCGCGGACUGCCGUCGAAGCCGUGUCGGAUGACGGCCCAUCUGGCGGAAAAAGCCUACUCGUCAUCCGGGGAGGCGGUGGCGGCGCUCCACGCUAUGGCCAUUCUCCAGGUCUUCCAGGCGAAGAUUUUACAGUCGCUGGACGGCGCCGUCGAUGCGGAUACGGUCCGCAACCUCCGCGCUGCCACGGACUUUGCGCUGAUGGCCACGAAGCUCUCCGCUCAAGCCAUCGGAAAAUCCAUGGGAUUUUUAGUGGUCCUUCACCGUCACCUGUGGCUUACCCUAGCUGAGCUGAAGGACAACGAGCGAAAGGCAUUACUUAAUGCUCCAAUUACUCCCGCCGGCCUCUUCGGUGACGCCGUGGAAGGGAUUGGCAGUUCCAGCCGAGGAAACGUCACGGACGUGGUCGGAGCCCUCGACGCGGUGGCGGGCAGCCUCAGGCGAGGAAGCCCUCUUCCUGACGAGAAGGCGGAGAGGAGGAGAUCGCUCGUGGAGGGGCAAGCGUCAACGCGACGGGUUCUUCUGCCCCCCUCUGUUCCUGUGGGCGACAAGUUCAAUUAUGUAAAUGUUGUUUGUGUGAAUGCAAAUGUAAUAAAGAUACAAACAUCAUCACAAAAAGAGCUAUUUCCUCCUCACAGCCCUUAUGCAGAGACGGAUGCCCUGCCGGAAGGCAGCGCGAGUUUGCAAAACAUACAGAGUGCUUGUCAAUCAAACUCAAACACCGCCAACGAGCCGUUAAACGAGAACCAGUUUCUAAGCGCCGGUCCUCCGCCCACACCUCUAACGUUGCAAAGGUACGGCGCGAACGUAGCAAACACGUUGCAUGCGUUAACGCACCGCCCGCUUCGCCCGCUCAGCCAAUUUCUAGACGCGUGGAAAGCUAUCCCUGGCGUGUCAGAGUGGAUAUUGAGCAUAAUAGAGCACGGUUACUCUCUACAGUUCAGACGCAGACCGCCCCGUUUCAAAGGCGUGGUAUCGUCACUAACAGCACCUCAAAAUGCCCCAAUCCUGAGACAAGAGGUACAAAACCUACUCGCAAUAGGAGCGAUAGAACGAGUCCCUCACAGCGAGUUAGAGAGCGGUUUCUACAGCCGGUACUUUGUAGUACCCAAGAAAGACGGCGGAUUACGGCCGAUACUAGAUCUGAGACCCAUCAAUCGCGCGCUACGCAAACGUGCAUUCAAGAUGAUAACCGUGAGACAGAUCCUAGCGCAAAUUCGCCCUGGGGACUGGUUCGCCUCGAUAGAUCUGAAGGACGCUUACUUUCACAUUCAGAUAUCCCCCCGCCACAGGUGUUUUCUGAGGUUUGCGUUCGAAGGCACGAGCUAUCAAUACUCCGUUCUCCCGUUCGGGCUAGCUUUAGCCCCUCGUACAUUCACGAAAUGCAUGGAUGCAGCUCUCUCCCCCCUCAGAGCGAGUGGGAUGCGCAUUAUGAAUUAUCUGGACGACUGGCUGAUUAUGGCUCAAUCGCGCGAUCUGUUGAUCAGUCACAUAAAAGCAUUGCUUCCCCACUUAGAGUCGUUAGGGCUGCAAAUCAAUGCUCAGAAAAGCAAACUCGUUCCGAGUCAAUCCAUUUCAUACCUGGGCGUUCUGUUGGAUUCUACAUCGAUGCGUGCUCAUCUAUCGCAACAACGUGUAGAAACAUUAACGCUGUAUCUGCGUCGCUUCAGACCCGGCCGGGUUGUCCUCCUGAGGGAGUUUCAGAGGCUUUUGGGUCUAAUGGCGUCAGCCGCCCCGGUUUGUCAUCUAGGAUUGCUUCAGAUGCGUCCGUUACAGAUGUGGCUAAAAGAUCGAGUCCCGCCGAAUAUGUGGGCAUCGACGUGCAUGCGAGUUCACGUGACACACAGCUGUGUCAACACUCUGAAACCGUGGCGCGAUCCGACCCUUUACAGUAUCGGAGCCCCCCUAGGUCAGAUAGCCUCUCGCUUAGUGGUCACCACGGAUGCGUCGACAUCGGGUUGGGGAGCAGUCUGCCAGGGCACACCCGCGUCCGGUACGUGGUCAGACCUGAUGAGAGAUUGGCACAUAAACCGGCUGGAAUUAAGAGCGGUAAUGUUAGCGCUCAGGGCAUUUCAACCGCAACUCGAGCGUCAACAUGUUCUAGUGCGGACGGACAACACGACGGUGGUUUCUUACAUAAAUCACCAGGGUGGUAUUCAUUCGAAAGCCCUAUUCGAGCAGGCAGCCAGCCUCCUACAAUGGGCGGAUCGUCACUUGCUAUCUAUCAGAGCAGCGCAUAUUCCAGGCGCUUUGAACAAGGGCGCGGAUAUGUUAUCGAGGAACGGCCUUCCCCACGGAGAAUGGAGGCUUCAUCCCGACUCGGUUCAGCUGAUCUGGGACCAGUUUGGGAGAGCUUCGAUAGACCUUUUUGCGACGAGCGAGAAUACGCACUGCCCACUGUUCUUCUCGCUCACGGACGCCCCGCUGCAAGGGGAAGCGUUGACGUCGCGCUGGCCGAAAGUCAGUCUGUAUGCCUUCCCUCCUAUAAAGCUCAUACCGCUAGUAUUGUGCAAAAUCAGGGAAGAAGGAGCUACGGUGAUUUUAGUCGCGCCGGACUGGCCGAACCAACCAUGGUAUCCGGACCUGAGAGAGAUGCUAAUAAGCCCCCCAUGGCAGAUUCCAUUGAGAAGGGAUCUGCUGUCUCAGGUAGAGGGCUCAGUCUGGCACCCCAGCCCGGAACUGUGGAAUCUACACGCUUGGAAGGUGAGAGGAUCGUAGAUAACACGAGCGAACUCUCGCGUCGAGCGGCAUUCACGCUGACUGAGGCGCGUGCUCCGUCUACAAGACGCUUGUACGACCUUAAGUGGAAAGUGUUCGAAAGAUGGUGUCAUAGUAACAGCAUUGACCCAUUUAAUUG